CUUUCCUCAAUGCUGAGAGGUUCAGUAGAUAGACACAGAGGAAAAGAAAAAGGAAAGACAGAUAGCACCUCCACCCUUCUUAUUUCUUAGUACCUGCUUGUUCUUUACUUCUUCCUCUCAUUCACCUAUUCUUUCCUUCCUCUUCUUCUGUGCCGUUACAGACUCAGGUGAGAGAUGGGAUGUGGUAAUUCCUCACAAGCCACCACCACCAACAGCAGCAGCAGCAGCAGCAGCAGCAUUGGAGGUCAUGUUGAGUCUUCAUCAAAGGUAUCAGAAGAGUCUGUGCCAGGAGAUGACAAAUGGCAGAACUAUGGAGGUGUGUAUGUGGGUUUUCCUGCAGACCUGAGCAACAUUCCCCAAGUACAGUUAGGAUCACUCAGAGAGCAUGAGAGAGACUUGUUGUCCCUCAGGAGGCCGCUGUGGGGGAACGGACUCUGAUUUUAAUGAAGAGCCCGGGGGUGUGUGUGUGUGUGUGUGUGUGUGUGUGUGUGUGUGUGUGUGUGUGAGACAGACAACUUCCUCCAGUUUCUCACUGCCUGAGAGCUAUGAUGUCAUGUCAACGGUUAAAGGACCAUACCUGUGUUUAUGCUUGACCUGCUCUUUACGUCACUGCUUAAAAGCUCGUUUACCGCAACGUUUGAUGUCAGUAUUGUGUGAAUAUCAACUUGCAGACACUAGAAACGUGUGUGUGUCAUCAUAAUAUGUCUCAUAUCUCCUCAGAGGAAAAGGAAAAUUCUGUGUUUAAUGUCAGCAC